UCUUAUAGUGUGAGAAGAAAGAUGUUUAGACAUCAAGCAAGCUCAACCUUUUCUUAUAGUGUCUGUCCCCACCAUCCUUUCCCGAAAAAGUUUCUGCUUUUGUGCUCUUCCUCCUCUGCAUCUUCUUCUUCUUCUUCUGCCCACCAGAAAAAAGGUCUGGUCUUUGAUCUUUGUUUGUUCCAUUCCAUCUCUCUCUCUCUCUCUCUCUCUCUCUCUCUCUCUCUCUGUUCUGAUCAGAAGGGACCAAAAGGGAAGGAAAGAGAGAAAGGAGCAGAUGUGGCAGAGGAUCAACAGGCCAUGUAAGUCCUCUUCUUUCAAGGAAUCCACCAAAGCCCUUGAAGCCGACAUUCACCAUGCCAACUCCCUGGCAUCGGCUCUGCCGAGGGAAUACUGCGGGGAGUACGUCCAGAUGAAGCUGUCUUACAGCCCUUUGGCGCCGCUCUUCCUGUUCUUGAUUGAAUGGAUGGACUAUAGAUGCACCGACUCGGUGCCGAAUUAUUUAGGCCUACUUUACAUCCUCGUAAACAAGGUGUAUGUUGACGGCGUGCCGACAAUGUCCUCGAGGGAGAGAAAAGCCUCUCUUCGUGAAUUCUACGCGGUUAUAUACCCUUCGCUGAGACUACUUGAAGGCCAGUUCAAUGAAAUCAAGGAAAACAGAGCAGGGACAGAAAUCGAAUGCCCGGGAAUAGAACCCGAGAGAGACGAGGAGUGCGGUAUAUGCAUGGAAAGCAACGGGAAGAUGGUGCUCCCGAGCUGCGGGCACUCCAUGUGCAUCAACUGCUUCCACGAUUGGAAUGUUCGGUCUCAGUCCUGUCCAUAUUGCCGAGGCAGCCUGAAGAGGGUCAGCUCGAUGGACCUGUGGGUCCUGACAGGCAGCAGCGAUGUGGUGGACCCGGUCACCGUUGCAUUUGAUAGCCUGAGAAGGUUCUACCUUUAUGUCGAGAGCCUGCCCACCUUAACGCAUGACACGCCUGUCCUUCUAUUGGACUACAUGAUCUGAGACGGAUAUAAAGUACCGAUUUCAUUCGCACGUUGUACAUAGACGACUCCUCUGCUCUAAUGAGAAUUUAGUUCGGGUAAAGAGUUCACACAAUCUGAAGUACCGAAAGGACCAGGAGAAGGCUCCACAUUCGACUCGGUCUUUUUAAACCUGAGUGCUGGAAUGGAGACACCUUCUUCAGCUUCCCGCUGAUUGCAAAUGUUGUAUCUAAAGUCGAAUCAUAUAUGUAUUCUUCGGCUACAUACUGAAGGUGUUGAGCAUCCGAGUUAUUGAUUAGCUCGACUUGCAUUGUAAAUAUUUAUCUAUGAUCCGUUUCAAACUAUAUAUAAUGACAAUGUAUACCGUCAUUUCAUAUGAUA